AUUUUGUGUAUUUGUCUAAGUGUAUUUCUUUUCAUGGUCUUGAUGGGCAUUUUUAAAGUAACCUCUGCAUUGUUCUGCAUGGAUGCUGGUUACACAAACCUUACAGUAUUUUUAAAUAUAGUGGAUAAAGCACUGUUAGAAUCACAAGUUCAGAAACAAGUGUAAAUACCUUGUUUUAUAGAUGCAUGUUUGCUCUUUGAAUUAAUUUGAAUUACAUUCUCAAUAGGCUGUUCUAUUUCUGAAUGGUAAUAUCUUGUCGGUGUGCUGCAUAUUCAUUGGAACAAGUUGUCAUUGUUUUAUAAAUGUAGAAGUUUGUUGCAUGAACAUUGCAAAAUUGGCAUAGAUUUCAAUAAAAUAUUUCCAGUGCAAGUGAACAAUCUAGCGUUAGUGUUGCAAGUGUUCUUGAGUCACAGUAAAUAUAAAAAAUAAUUGUGAGCUUUUUUGCACAUUUUAACUAGAUGUUUACUCCUUGUAGCUUCCCACCCUGCCUUUUGCAUAUCAUUUCUCUCUCUUUUUAAUGUAUGUGCUUUCUGAAAAUGAUGCUGAGUAAUCAUGUUUUGUAAUCAACAGGUCAUCAGGUUUAAAGCUGAGUGGUCACUUUAUCCAGAUGUGAUUUCCUGUCACUCAUUGAAGCAGUCGCUGCCACAAGCUGCCUAGGAAGCACGGUGUUCUGGCAGUUGCUUUCUUGCGUUUAGGUUAUCUAUGCACUGAGUGCCUCAAAUGCCUGAAAGAAUACCAUUGGUGAGGUUGAAUUUUGCAUGGGCAGUUAAGCCAUAGGAAUCCUGGUUUUUGUACACUCUUCCUCAGAAUUUUUUUUAUUGCUAGAGCACUGUCGUGUUUACUUUCAUGUGGCCUUGUGGCACUUUCAAAUUUCCAGCUUGUUUAUCAUUUGCGUAAAUAGUUUUGGUGUUGUAGUGCUUGCAAACCGGGUUUUCAAAGUGAUAUUUAUGGUUUGCUGUAUGUUUAACCCAGUCAAGACUGAACCUGAAAACAGUGUGGACAUGAACGAAGAAUACCAUGACAUGUUCGAGGUUGACUGCAUGGAGGUUGAGCUUUCCGACAGUUCCAGAAGUGUGAAAGCGGAUCCAGAACCACAGGUUCUGCAUGCAGAGCAAGCUCCCCCCGUUAAGACUGAGCCUUCCAAGACUGGCCAUUCUGAGACUGCUAGUUCUCAGAACGCGGUAGCUGCUGUCACUGGAUGGUUGAGCAACAUGGUAGAGGAUAGUGAACUCGAUACGACCAUGGAGGAGGAUAGUCCCGUCGAACCCACUCCUGCGCCACCUCCUCCGGCUAAGCGUGGCCCCAAACGCGGCAGAACAAGUGCAAAGUUCAGCUGCAAUUUGUGUCCUUUUCUCACAAAAAGGAAAGCAGGAAUGGCGCUUCACCUGAAGAAGCACAAGCGGGCUGCAUCCUUACGAGAAGCUGCACGAAGUCAGACAAAGGAAAGAAACGAGAGUGAGAAUGAUUCCACUGAAGGGGAAAUGGCAAGCAAAGAUGUAGAUGCCAGUCCAACUGCUACAGCCACUCCAGAGAAGACAUUAGAAAAAAGCAACGGCCGACAUCCAUCUGCUACAGCCACUCCAGAGAAGACAUUACAAAAAAGCAACAGCCAACGUCCAUCUGCUGCAGCCACUCCAGAGAAGAUAUUAGGAAAAAGCAACAGCCAACGUGCAGCUGCUAUAGCCACUCCAGAGAAGACAUCACAAAAAAGCAACGGCCAACGUGACUCGAGUGAAAGCAGAAGAGUUGUAGACUUCGAACCAGUGAAAGAAACUGCACCAUGUCAAAGCCAUGAAGAAAGCGUGAGUGAUGAAGACACUGACUCACUAACGUCUGCCUCUGCCAGCAGUAAAUCCCUGCACAAAGACAAGGGUAGGAAGUCACUUCAGCCUGCACCACGCAGUUACAAGUCACGUGUGAGUCUCGCACACUUGCCUACCAUCAAAGAGCCGCUCCAACUGAGGUGCCACGUGUGCCCGUUUACGACCAAGUACCAGGCAACACUUUUUCUUCACAUCAAAGAGCAUGCAGGUGUGAAGCCCACUUCCCACUCUGAAACGGAAGCUCCAGAAGAGGCAGUUGUGGCUGACUGUCCCAAGCCGGCAUCCCUUGAGACAUCAUCAAAGGAGAUUGGAGCAGCAGCACCACCACCUGCAGCAUUGGUAGCUGUGCCAGCUGCCUCAAGUGAGGCUAUCGUGCCCAAUUGUUCCUUCACAGAGGAUGGACAGGUUCAUUUGGCCAACAAGGUAUUUAUACCGAAGGCCACGUAUGAACAUCUGAUGGGUGUUCAGAAAAACUCCCACUUCGUGAAAAGAUCGGCAACAGCUAUCUGGUCCACAGAAGUACUGGCGCAGAGAAGUUUCACGGGAACUUUGGCUAACCGAUUUGUGGCGGAAGGGGGCCGGAAGCAGCCACAGCGGCCCUUGUCACCUCACAAAGUGAAUGCACUGAGAGUUUUUUUCAGGCCCUAUGCCUCCACAAAAGGCCUCUCUGAAGUGGAUACCAGUGAAGCCACUAAGAAAAUUAGAAUGUGGCUCUCCCAGAAGACUAGUGAGCUGCGGCGAACACGGAUGGCCACAUCAAAAGAGCAAUAAAGCCAUUGUAUAGUCGUGAAACAUGCUAAUCGU